AUGUAUGCUUUGCGUCGCCAGACAAGCUGUGCUGAUGGAUCUGCCUUCUAUGUCUGCAGCCACAAUAAUUUCCGCGGGUGUUGCUCGGCCGAUCCUUCAACAACAACGACCCUAACCCCUGCGGUACCUCUGGCCACCGCUGGCACUUCGAGUAUGGGAGAUGAUGGCGAAGAAUUUUCGCUUCGGUGGAUAGGAUUGAUCGUCGGGAUUGGACUCCCCGCGAUCGCUGGGAUUACUUUUCUCACAAUGCGCAUGAGAAGAAGAUCAAAACUGAAGUCCGCUACCUCAAAUUUACCUGUAAUGACAGAGCUGCCUGAAGCCAUUGAGCUGCCUGAAGCCAUUGAGCUGCCUGAAGCCAUUGAGCUGCCCCAAGCAGUAGAGCUGCCUUCGGAGCUUCCUGUGGGGAUCCGCGCGGAACUGCCCAUUUCCGACAAGCAACAUGAAGAGAGAGACGAAUGGCCAAUAUGUGGACCCAAGGCGACGAUGAGCGCUACACCGCAGGAGAUCUCGAGGAAUGAUUUAAGCGUAGUUCCUCGGUCAUCGGAAUUCGCCGUUUCUCGGAGCUUUCUGUGUUCUGAGCGCUUUAAAUCAGAAGACUCCGUCGAAGGCAGUUCUUGA